GCCACCUCUCUCUCUCUCUCUCUUUCUCUCUCAUCGCCGUCUGCCAGUUCCUCUCUCCUCGCCGCGCCGCCAUGAACAACCUGCUCACCGAUUCCUUUGAGCUUCCUCGGCGUGAUUCCUCAAGAGAUGGGGACGUUGAAAUGGGAAUGCAUCAGCCUGAUGCUUCAGAUAAUUUAAAAGGUUUCUUAAAAAAGGUUGAUGGAAUCGAGAGCCUAAUCGCUAAGCUGACGAACCUCUUGACUAAGCUCCAGACUGCAAAUGAGGAAUCAAAAGCAGUUACAAAAGCGAGUGCCAUGAAAGCGAUUAAGCAGCGAAUGGAGAAAGAUAUAGAUGAAGUUGGCAAAAUUGCUCGCUUGGCAAAGGCAAAAUUUGAUGAACUGGAAAAAGACAACCUUUCUAACAGGCAGAAACCUGGAUGCGGGAAGGGUUCUGCAGUAGACCGAUCAAGAGAGCAGACUACUGGAGCAGUAAAAAAGAAAUUGAAGGGACGGAUGGAUGAAUUUCAGGUAUUGAGAGAAUCAAUCCGGCAGGAGUACCGGGAAGUCGUUGAAAGAAGAGUAUUCACUGUAACAGGAAAUCGCCCUGAUGAAGAGACUAUUGAUGAUUUAAUAGAGACUGGGAGAAGUGAGCAAAUAUUCAAAGAUGCGGUUCAACAGCAGGGGAGAGGCCAGAUUUUGGACACUGUUGCUGAGAUACAGGAGCGACAUGACGCUGUAAGGGAUCUGGAGAGGAAGCUUCUGGAGCUGCAACAGAUAUUCCUGGAUAUGGCAGUGUUGGUCGAUGCUCAAGGAGACAUGAUCAACCACAUCGAGACACAUGUUUCAAAUGCUACCAACCACAUAUCGCAAGGUGUGGGCGCCCUCCAGAACGCAAAGAAGCUGCAGAGGAACUCGAGGAAGUGGAUGUGCUACGCCAUCAUCCUUCUCCUCGUGGUAGUGGUGAUCGUCGUUGUUGCAGUUAUCCAGCCAUGGAAGAAGUAACUCCUGAGCGCGACCUGAAACCGAAGAUCUCGGCGGAAUAUAUAUACUGUUUUCCUGUUUGUGUAAUCUGUGUAGUCCGGUCCCACUCUUCUAUCGCUUGUACCUAUGUUCACCCAGACAAAUGCCCAUAUUGUUUGCCCUUUGGGGCUACUGCUAUUCGUUUGAGUUUCUGUGUGCUCCAACUAUGCUAGCUGUGAAACUGGUGAAUACGAAACUCAGUUGUGCACCCUGA